AUGUGUAUUUGGCGAAGAACAAAGCUUUUUCUUGCGAUAUUUUUUGGUUCCAUCCAGAAAAGGACUCUAAGAAAAGAGCUCGAGGAAGAGAUGGCAGAAGCAGCAAUAGACUCAAAUGAGGAGGUGUCAAAGGAAACCGAGGACCUAGGCUUUCUUGAACAAGUUGAUGGAGGUACUUUCCAACAAGUCACGAACCUCCUGAAUAUCAUGGAAAGUGAGUCAGCAAAGUCGGACGUUGCAUGGGCAGGCCCUGACAUGCGGAAGACCCUGGCCUCAGUGAUAAUCACUGAGAAGGCCAACAGCAAGCCCUCCGUGGUGAUGAAUGCUCUCAUCCGCUGCCUGCAGAUGCCCGAGAUUUCCAUCCAGCGCAAGGUCAACAUUUACAACAUCCUCCAGGAAAUCAUCCAGCAGGAAGGGGAACUGGAGGAGCAAUGUGUCCAGAGGCUGGUCACCAUCGCCUCCAAGGAGAUGAGGGAGACCUCAGAGACGGAAGGCUACGUGAAGGCAGAGGUGGCCAGUGACACCCUGGUGGCUCUGUCCCGAAACCACUUUAGCUUGGUCAUGUAUGAGCUGCAGCACCACCUCAAGCCCCUCAACCUCACUGACGAGUUUGUCAUCGUCACCUUGGCCAAGCUGGCCAAUGGCAAUGUGUUCGAGUUCAUGCCGUACAUGGGCAUCACCCUGGCAACCAUAUUCACAAUGCUGAGACUUGCCAGCGAGGCCAAGAUGCGGCAGGUGAUCUGUGGGGCCAUGGAGACCUUCUGUGAGACAGUGCAGUUCUACCUGAGACACCUAGAGGACAGUGUGUACCCUGUGAUGACUGAGGAGCAGUUUGCCAUGAAGCUGUUCCCCAUGUACCGGUACUUUGUGACCGUGUGGCUGCGGAACGACGACUCCGAGGUCAAGCUGGGGGUCAUCAAGUCCCUGAGGCCCAUGCUGAACCUCCUGCUGCCCAACGAUGACCUUCGGGAGCAGGUCUACGACUACAUCCCCCUGCUGCUGGCCGAGUACCAGGGCAGCCUGGAGGCGCUCUUCAUCACCCAGGUCCUGAGGCAGAUCCUGGAGGUAUCAGUCAUCACCAGCACCCCUGUCCCCCAAAUGCAGCUGCACACCAUCUUCACGGAACUGCACAUCCAGGUGUGUGCCAAGGCCCCAGCCCAGCAGCAGUACAGCAGCCAGAAUCUGACGGAGAUUGUGCACUGCUUCAUAGCCCUGGCCCGCUCCUACCCCAAGGAGCUGAUGAAGUUCUUCCUCAGCCAGAUGGAGAUGAGCAAGGAGGCCACCCGUGUGGGGACCCUGACCCUGAUCAGGGCCGUGGUGAGCGCAGAUGAGCCCAAAAUGAAUACGAGGACCAUCCACCUGGCCAUCAGGGUAGUCAAGAACACCCUCUCCGAUACCAGGUCUAAGGUGAGGAUGGCCAUUCUCCGCAUCAUAGGCCAGUUGGCACUUUCCGGCUACCAGGACAGGAUCAAAGGCUGGGGCCUGAAGUACGUGUCAGUGCAGCUGACCUUGUCCACCUACAAACUGACAAAUCGCCGGGAGAGCUUUUAUCAGAGAGACUUGGAGGAGAAGAUGGUCCACAAAGUUACUAUGGACACAGUGAGGAUCAUCACCUCCUCUGUCAGUGGGAUGACCAAUGAGUUUUGGGUGAGACUUCUGUGCUACAUCAUGGAGACAGACUACACGGAGGCCCUGACCCCCAUCUGCAUCAGCCUGACCAACCUGGCAGAACGUCAGCUCCACAGCAAGGAUGUGGGGACCAACAUGGCCAGCCGCAGCAAGCAUGUGGACCUGCCUGCACCACAGAAGCUGCUGGCUCGGCUCCUGGUGCUGAUGUCAUCCCCCUACAAGGGCGAGGGCCGCGGGAUCGCCAUGCUCAACCUCCUGCAGACCCUGAGCCAGAGCAUCGCUCCCUCCAUGGCCGACAUGUGGGAGCUAGAGAUCCCGCUGCUGGUUCAGUACCUGGAAGAACACACUGAAUUCACUUGGAAUCAGAAGACCUGGGAAGACAAGCUAAUUCAGUUUCUGAGAAACUCUAUCAAGAAGACUCGGGGGUCCAGCUGGAGCCUGCGCCUGAGCAAGGAGCUGAACAACCAGAUUGAGAGCUUUGACAGCCCCUCCCUAGAGAAGGCCUUUCUGUACCGGGCUUUGGGCUUCACCCUGGCCACGGGCCUGGAGGCCGACAAGGUGGAGGUGCUGCUGUUGGAGCUGCUGUAUAAGACAGACUACAGCAACGACUUUGACCGGGAGGGGGUCAUCCUGUGCUUUGGCCUGUGUGCCCGGGGCCAGGUGAAGACGGUGUUGAACGUGCUGCACGACUUUGAGGAGCGGAUCCAGGAAUCAGAGCAGUCCUGGCAGAUCGGGGCUUGGCGGAAAGACCACCCCUGGAGGCGGGAGAUAGUGAAGAGCGCCCUCAUGGUCACAUACAGUUGUGUGGCCGCCUACUGCCACCCACAGAUGCUCCUCGCCCACGUGGACACCCCCAUCACCGCGAAGAUCAUCCACCACUACUCCAGCAGCUGCCAGGACAUCUCCCUCAAACUGGCCUUUAUGAAGAGCAUUAUGCAGGUCACUGACGCCAUCAAAAGCAUCGAGUACCUGGAGGACUUUCAAUUUGCCCAAAAGGCCACCGUUACUGGCAUUAUAACGGCCAUCCUCAAGGCUGAGCCGGCUGACAGCCUGGUUUCUCCUGUGCGGACCACGGCCAUGGAUGCCCUCGCGCACCUGAGCAAACUGAAGCCUUUCUACUCUGUGGAGGAAAACAGCGAGCUGAUGGAUAUCAGUCUACAUUCUGUAAUUUCUCUUCAGCCCCCAGGAGAGGACAAUGAUUCCAUGAAGAUCCUGUACACAAAUGCCAUGAUUGCCCUGGCGCAGCUCAUGGAGGGCCUCAUGCAACGGCAGCUGGACCCCAAGGGCCUGCAGGAGAUGGUGCACCUCCUGGAAAAAUGGAUCUUGUCGGAGAAAGAAUGGGAGCGGGAGAAGGCCAUGAAUCUCCAUCUUCGUCUCCUGCAGAUCUACGUCCAGAGCGUGGGCGUCUGCAUUCCCCUGAAGCUGGGGCAGUUUGGCACCCUGGUGGGACUCAUUGCCCCGUGCACCUGUGACCCCCACCGAAGAACCCGAGUGGCCUCCACUGACGUCCUGUCCAGCCUGCUGGACCUUCACGCCAGCCAGACCUGCUCCUUGUGGGACGCUUCCAAGGAGAAGGAGCUUAUGAAAUGUAGGGAGGACCUCAAGGGCUCGGAUGAGGAGAUGAUUUUCUCUGCGUCUUCCAGAAUCGCCAAGGUGGUGUGCAUGGAGUUUAACUGCGAUGAGGUGGUGUCUCUCAUCCAGAAGCUCUGCGAGAACAUAGGGGCCAUGGACCUCCAGCAUGACAAGGCCUCCGUCACCUGGAUAGGCACCUUCCUUCAGAUGCGGGUCAAGGAGCUAGAGGACAAGGUGGCCGAGAUCCUGGGUGCCAUCUUGGCCCACCUGCCGGUGGUGGACCACCUUGAGGUGCGACGCCUCCUCAUUGAAGGCAUCCUGCUGCUGGCACACUACCACCAGGAGACCGUCCUCACGUCACUCCUGAGGCAGCCCCUGCCCAUGGAGAGCCACCUGACCGAGGUGUGGCAGGCUGUGGCAGAGAACCUGCCCUUCGCGAGGACGAUGCUCCACGGCUUGAUGGGCCGGCUCCAGUCGAGGUUCAGCCCCCGGGCAAACGCCACCUCCAAGGCUGACAUCUGGCGGCUGGCUGCAGUGGACCCUCUGAUGACCCUGUGCACCAUCCACCUCCUGGUGGAGAAGAUGGAUCAGGACGACGAGCUCCCGGACCUCCUCCCAGACCUUGUCUACACCCUUCUUCUGCAGCUCAGCAGCAGCCACAGGCCAGAGGCUUCACCCCCCAUCCUGAAGACAUGGCGGCUAGUGCACGCAGGGACCCUGCCCGAGGAGAUCAACCUGCAGAGGAUCACCAUCAGAUCCAUGCAGCUUUUGCUCAGGAGAGUCAACAACGAGCACCUGGUGUGCAGCCUGGAGGAGCAGGGUGUGUGGAACCUCCUGGAGAACAGCUUGACGUUCCUGGAAGGCGUGGGCCUGCUCGCCAGGCUGUGCCUACAGAACAUGGAAGGCCACAGGCGGAGGCUGUCGGAGCUGGUGCUCAGGGGCCUGGACGCCGAAGUCCUGAGCUGUCGCAUUAGCAGCACGGCGGUGUGUGUGGAAUUCAUGAGCGACCCAGUUCUGCACCAGGAGAAACUGCUGAAGCCCGUGGUGUUCAUGCUGGAGAGAGGCGUGGACCAGGAGGAUGAGGCUCUGCGGGUGCUCUCCCUGCGCGCCCUCGGCAACAUGGCCCUAGGCGCCCCGCAGAAGGUGAAGCAGUACCGGAAGCUCCUGCUGGAGAAGUGCCUGUGUGCCCUGCGGGAGCCGGGCAGCACCAGUGUGGUCUCCGAGGGCAUGGCUGCCCUGACCAAGAUCCUGGCGGAGCUCCGGGAAGGGCACGUGGGGUCAUUUUUCAACGCCAUCUCCGAGCAGUGCAGGGCCUUCUUCGACAAUGAGAGCGAACUGCUGCGGUUCAAAGCUUUCGUGCUCUUCGGGACGCUGGCCAAGGUGGUCAGGGUAUCCAAGAAGCAUCUCUUCAAGGUGGAGGUGAAGAAAGCCUGGGUCUCCCUCAUGCUGCACUGCCAGGACCCCUGCUCUUACACAGCCAGAGCCUGCAUGGAGACCAUGUUGCAGUGCCUGCACUUUUGGGGCUGCAAGGGCCUGGAGAGCCCCCCUGGGCAGACAGCCGCCAGCGCGGAUGAGAUGACCGUGUUCCAGACCACCAUGUGCUCCGUCCUGACUCAGAAGAAGCCUGCCGUUCUCUACGGCUUCCUGCUAGAAACUAUCUCCUACCUGAAAAGUAAUUUGUCGAGGAUCAGAGUUGCCGCAUGCAACUUGGCAGGGAUUAUGAUGAAGCAGAUGUCUGCAAGCUACCUGAGAAAGCUGGACUUCCCGGCGUUACGGAAUUCUCUCCAGGAGCUCCAGCUGGAUGCGGACCCCGGGGUUCGGAGAGCAGCCCUGGAGACCCUCAAGAUUCUGGACAACUGCAGUCAGCAUGGGCUUCUGGCUUCCCCUGAAGGUGUUUCCUAG